AUGGACAAGACGAUGAACCAGCAGGAGUACGUGACAGUCAAAGGUGAGCGCUACGACACCAAGCGUCCGAAGGAUUCGGAGAUCCUCAAAGGCGACGGGUGCUCGUUUCACCGACAAGACAAUAAAACAGCAAGAAUUUGUAAGUGUGAAGGGAGAGCGUUACGACACCAAGCGUCCGAAGAUUCCGAAAUCCUCAAAGGCGAUGGCUCGUUCACCGACAAGACAAUAAAUCAGCAAGAAUUUGUAACUGUGAAGGGAGAGCGUUACGACACCAAGCGUCCGAAGGAUUCCGAAAUCCUCAAAGGCGAUGGCUCGUUCAUGGACAAGACGAUGAACCAGCAGGAGUACGUGACAGUCAAAGGUGAGCGCUACGACACCAAGCGUCCGAAAGAUUCGGAGAUCUUCAAAGGCGAUGGCUCGUUCACCGACAAGACGAUGAACCAGCAAGAAUUUGGAGAGCGUUACGACACCAAGCGUCCGAAGGAUUCCGAAAUCCUCAAAGGCGAUGGCUCGUUCAUGGACAAGACGAUGAACCAGCAGGAGUACGUGACAGUGAAAGGCGAGCGUUACGACACCAAGCGUCCGAAGGAUUCCGAAAUCCUCAAAGGCGAUGGCUCGUUCAUGGACAAGACGAUGAACCAGCAGGAGUACGUGACAGUCAAAGGUGAGCGUUACGACACCAAGCGUCCGAAGGAUUCCGAAAUCCUCAAAGGCGAUGGCUCGUUCAUGGACAAGACGAUGAACCAGCAGGAGUACGUGACAGUGAAAGGUGAGCGCUACGACACCAAGCGUCCGAAGGAUUCCGAAAUCCUCAAAGGCGAUGGCUCGUUCAUGGACAAGACGAUGAACCAGCAGGAGUACGUGACAGUGAAAGGGGAGCGUUACGACACCAAGCGUCCGAAGGAUUCCGAAAUCCUCAAAGGCGAUGGCUCGUUCAUGGACAAGACGAUGAACCAGCAAGAAUUUGUAACUGUGAAGGGAGAGCGUUACGACACCAAGCGUCCGAAGGAUUCCGAAAUCCUCAAAGGCGAUGGCUCGUUCAUGGACAAGACGAUGAACCAGCAGGAGUACGUGACAGUCAAAGGUGAGCGCUACGACACCAAGCGUCCGAAAGAUUCGGAGAUCUUCGCAGGUGACGGGUCCUUCACCGACAAGACAAUAAAUCAGCAAGAAUUUGUAAGUGUGAAGGGAGAGCGUUACGACACCAAGCGUCCGAAGGAUUCCGAAAUCCUCAAAGGCGAUGGCUCGUUCAUGGACAAGACGAUGAACCAGCAGGAGUACGUGACAGUGAAAGGCGAGCGUUACGACACCAAGCGUCCGAAGGAUUCCGAAAUCCUCAAAGGCGAUGGCUCGUUCAUGGACAAGACGAUGAACCAGCAGGAGUACGUGACAGUCAAAGGUGAGCGCUACGACACCAAGCGUCCGAAAGAUUCGGAGAUCUUCGCAGGUGACGGGUCCUUCACCGACAAGACAAUAAAUCAGCAAGAAUUUGUAAGUGUGAAGGGAGAGCGUUACGACACCAAGCGUCCGAAGGAUUCCGAAAUCCUCAAAGGCGAUGGCUCGUUCAUGGACAAGACGAUGAACCAGCAGGAGUACGUGACAGUCAAAGGUGAGCGCUACGACACCAAGCGUCCGAAAGAUUCGGAGAUCUUCGCAGGUGACGGGUCCUUCACCGACAAGACAAUAAAUCAGCAAGAAUUUGUAAGUGUGAAGGGAGAGCGUUACGACACCAAGCGUCCGAAGGAUUCCGAAAUCCUCAAAGGCGAUGGCUCGUUCACCGACAAGACAAUAAAUCAGCAAGAAUUUGUAAGUGUGAAGGGAGAGCGUUACGACACCAAGCGUCCGAAGGAUUCCGAAAUCCUCAAAGGCGAUGGCUCGUUCAUGGACAAGACGAUGAACCAGCAGGAGUACGUGACAGUCAAAGGCGAGCGCUACGACACCAAGCGUCCGAAGGAUUCCGAAAUCCUCAAAGGCGAUGGCUCGUUCAUGGACAAGACAAUAAAUCAGCAAGAAUUUGUAACUGUGAAGGGAGAGCGUUACGACACCAAGCGUCCGAAGGAUUCCGAAAUCCUCAAAGGCGAUGGCUCGUUCAUGGACAAGACAAUAAAUCAGCAAGAAUUUGUAACUGUGAAGGGAGAGCGUUACGACACCAAGCGUCCGAAGGAUUCCGAAAUCCUCAAAGGCGAUGGCUCGUUCAUGGACAAGACGAUGAACCAGCAGGAGUACGUGACAGUGAAAGGCGAGCGUUACGACACCAAGCGUCCGAAGGAUUCCGAAAUCCUCAAAGGCGAUGGCUCGUUCAUGGACAAGACGAUGAACCAGCAGGAGUACGUGACAGUCAAAGGUGAGCGCUACGACACCAAGCGUCCGAAGGAUUCCGAAAUCCUCAAAGGCGAUGGCUCGUUCAUGGACAGGACGAUGAACCAGCAAGAAUUUGUAACUGUGAAGGGAGAGCGUUACGACACCAAGCGUCCGAAGGAUUCCGAAAUCCUCAAAGGCGAUGGCUCGUUCAUGGACAAGACGAUGAACCAGCAGGAGUACGUGACAGUCAAAGGUGAGCGCUACGACACCAAGCGUCCGAAGGAUUCCGAAAUCCUCAAAGGCGAUGGCUCGUUCAUGGACAAGACGAUGAACCAGCAAGAAUUUGUAACUGUGAAGGGAGAGCGUUACGACACCAAGCGUCCGAAGGAUUCCGAAAUCCUCAAAGGCGAUGGCUCGUUCAUGGACAAGACGAUGAACCAGCAGGAGUACGUGACAGUCAAAGGUGAGCGCUACGACACCAAGCGUCCGAAAGAUUCGGAGAUCUUCGCAGGUGACGGGUCCUUCACCGACAAGACAAUAAAUCAGCAAGAAUUUGUAAGUGUGAAGGGAGAGCGUUACGACACCAAGCGUCCGAAGGAUUCCGAAAUCCUCAAAGGCGAUGGCUCGUUCAUGGACAAGACGAUGAACCAGCAGGAGUACGUGACAGUGAAAGGCGAGCGUUACGACACCAAGCGUCCGAAGGAUUCCGAAAUCCUCAAAGGCGAUGGCUCGUUCAUGGACAAGACGAUGAACCAGCAGGAGUACGUGACAGUCAAAGGUGAGCGCUACGACACCAAGCGUCCGAAAGAUUCGGAGAUCUUCGCAGGUGACGGGUCCUUCACCGACAAGACAAUAAAUCAGCAAGAAUUUGUAAGUGUGAAGGGAGAGCGUUACGACACCAAGCGUCCGAAGGAUUCCGAAAUCCUCAAAGGCGAUGGCUCGUUCAUGGACAAGACGAUGAACCAGCAGGAGUACGUGACAGUGAAAGGCGAGCGUUACGACACCAAGCGUCCGAAGGAUUCCGAAAUCCUCAAAAAAGGCGAUGGCUCGUUCAUGGACAAGACAAUAAACCAGCAAGAAUUUGUAAGUGUGAAGGGAGAGCGUUACGACACCAAGCGUCCGAAGGAUUCCGAAAUCCUCAAAGGCGAUGGCUCGUUCAUGGACAAGACGAUGAACCAGCAGGAGUACGUGACAGUCAAAGGUGAGCGCUACGACACCAAGCGUCCGAAAGAUUCGGAGAUCUUCGCAGGUGACGGGUCCUUCACCGACAAGACAAUAAAUCAGCAAGAAUUUGUAAGUGUGAAGGGAGAGCGUUACGACACCAAGCGUCCGAAGGAUUCGGAAAUCCUCAAAGGCGAUGGCUCGUUCAUGGACAGGACGAUGAACCAGCAAGAAUUUGUAACUGUGAAGGGAGAGCGUUACGACACCAAGCGUCCGAAGGAUUCCGAAAUCCUCAAAGGCGAUGGCUCGUUCAUGGACAAGACGAUGAACCAGCAGGAGUACGUGACAGUCAAAGGUGAGCGCUACGACACCAAGCGUCCGAAGGAUUCCGAAAUCCUCAAAGGCGAUGGCUCGUUCAUGGACAAGACGAUGAACCAGCAGGAGUACGUGACAGUGAAAGGCGAGCGUUACGACACCAAGCGUCCGAAGGAUUCGGAAAUCCUCAAAGGCGAUGGCUCGUUCAUGGACAGGACGAUGAACCAGCAAGAUUUUGUAACUGUGAAGGGAGAGCGUUACGACACCAAGCGUCCGAAGGAUUCCGAAAUCCUCAAAGGCGAUGGCUCGUUCAUGGACAAGACGAUGAACCAGCAGGAGUACGUGACAGUCAAAGGUGAGCGUUACGACACCAAGCGUCCGAAGGAUUCCGAAAUCCUCAAAGGCGAUGGCUCGUUCAUGGACAAGACGAUGAACCAGCAGGAGUACGUGACAGUCAAAGGUGAGCGCUACGACACCAAGCGUCCGAAGGAUUCGGAAAUCCUCAAAGGCGAUGGCUCGUUCAUGGACAAGACGAUGAACCAGCAAGAAUUUGUAACUGUGAAGGGAGAGCGUUACGACACCAAGCGUCCGAAGGAUUCCGAAAUCCUCAAAGGCGAUGGCUCGUUCAUGGACAAGACGAUGAACCAGCAGGAGUACGUGACAGUCAAAGGUGAGCGCUACGACACCAAGCGUCCGAAGGAUUCCGAAAUCCUCAAAGGCGAUGGCUCGUUCAUGGACAAGACGAUGAACCAGCAAGAUUUUGUAACUGUGAAGGGAGAGCGUUACGACACCAAGCGUCCGAAGGAUUCCGAAAUCCUCAAAGGCGAUGGCUCGUUCAUGGACAAGACGAUGAACCAGCAGGAGUACGUGACAGUGAAAGGCGAGCGUUACGACACCAAGCGUCCGAAGGAUUCCGAAAUCCUCAAAGGCGAUGGCUCGUUCAUGGACAAGACGAUGAACCAGCAGGAGUACGUGACAGUCAAAGGUGAGCGCUACGACACCAAGCGUCCGAAGGAUUCCGAAAUCCUCAAAGGCGAUGGCUCGUUCAUGGACAGGACGAUGAACCAGCAAGAAUUUGUAACUGUGAAGGGAGAGCGUUACGACACCAAGCGUCCGAAGGAUUCCGAAAUCCUCAAAGGCGAUGGCUCGUUCAUGGACAAGACGAUGAACCAGCAGGAGUACGUGACAGUCAAAGGUGAGCGCUACGACACCAAGCGUCCGAAAGAUUCGGAGAUCUUCGCAGGUGACGGGUCCUUCACCGACAAGACAAUAAAUCAGCAAGAAUUUGUAAGUGUGAAGGGAGAGCGUUACGACACCAAGCGUCCGAAGGAUUCCGAAAUCCUCAAAGGCGAUGGCUCGUUCAUGGACAAGACGAUGAACCAGCAGGAGUACGUGACAGUGAAAGGCGAGCGUUACGACACCAAGCGUCCGAAGGAUUCCGAAAUCCUCAAAGGCGAUGGCUCGUUCAUGGACAAGACGAUGAACCAGCAGGAGUACGUGACAGUCAAAGGUGAGCGCUACGACACCAAGCGUCCGAAAGAUUCGGAGAUCUUCGCAGGUGACGGGUCCUUCACCGACAAGACAAUAAAUCAGCAACAAUUUGUAAGUGUGAAGGGAGAGCGUUACGACACCAAGCGUCCGAAGGAUUCCGAAAUCCUCAAAGGCGAUGGCUCGUUCAUGGACAAGACGAUGAACCAGCAGGAGUACGUGACAGUGAAAGGCGAGCGUUACGACACCAAGCGUCCGAAGGAUUCCGAAAUCCUCAAAGGCGAUGGCUCGUUCAUGGACAAGACAAUAAAUCAGCAAGAAUUUGUAAGUGUGAAGGGAGAGCGUUACGACACCAAGCGUCCGAAGGAUUCCGAAAUCCUCAAAGGCGAUGGCUCGUUCAUGGACAAGACGAUGAACCAGCAGGAGUACGUGACAGUCAAAGGUGAGCGCUACGACACCAAGCGUCCGAAGGAUUCCGAAAUCCUCAAAGGCGAUGGCUCGUUCAUGGACAGGACGAUGAACCAGCAAGAAUUUGUAACUGUGAAGGGAGAGCGUUACGACACCAAGCGUCCGAAGGAUUCCGAAAUCCUCAAAGGCGAUGGCUCGUUCAUGGACAAGACGAUGAACCAGCAGGAGUACGUGACAGUGAAAGGCGAGCGUUACGACACCAAGCGUCCGAAGGAUUCCGAAAUCCUCAAAGGCGAUGGCUCGUUCAUGGACAAGACGAUGAACCAGCAGGAGUACGUGACAGUCAAAGGUGAGCGCUACGACACCAAGCGUCCGAAGGAUUCGGAAAUCCUCAAAGGCGAUGGCUCGUUCAUGGACAGGACGAUGAACCAGCAAGAAUUUGUAACUGUGAAGGGAGAGCGUUACGACACCAAGCGUCCGAAGGAUUCCGAAAUCCUCAAAGGCGAUGGCUCGUUCAUGGACAAGACGAUGAACCAGCAGGAGUACGUGACAGUCAAAGGUGAGCGCUACGACACCAAGCGUCCGAAGGAUUCCGAAAUCCUCAAAGGCGAUGGCUCGUUCAUGGACAAGACGAUGAACCAGCAGGAGUACGUGACAGUCAAAGGUGAGCGCUACGACACCAAGCGUCCGAAGGAUUCCGAAAUCCUCAAAGGCGAUGGCUCGUUCAUGGACAAGACGAUGAACCAGCAGGAGUACGUGACAGUGAAAGGCGAGCGUUACGACACCAAGCGUCCAAAGGAUUCUGAAAUCCUCAAAGGGGACGGCUCGUUCGUGGACAAGACGAUAAACCAGCUAGACUUCGUCACAGUUAAGGGGGAACGCUGUGACAUUAAGCGCCCGAAAGAUUCUCAUAUCCUGUUUUGUGAUGGAUCCUCUUUGAAUAGAACAAUGAGCCAGCAGGAAUACGUCACUAUAAAGGGAGAACGCUAUGACAUUAAGCGCCCAAGAGAUUCUCAGAUCCUGUGUGUUGAUGGGUCCUCCCUUUAUAAAACAUCGAACCAGCAAGAAUACGUCACUGUGAAGGGAGAACGCUAUGAAAUCAAGCGUCCGAAGGAUUCUCAGAUAAUGUGUUGUGAUGGAUCCUCCUUGUAUAUAACAAUGAACAAGCAGGAAUAUGUCACUGUAAAGGGAGAACGCUAUGAAAUCAAGCGUCCGAAGGAUUCUGAAAUACUGAAUUUGGAUGUUUCAUGCUUGGAUAGAACCAUAUCUAAAGAAGACUUCACAGUUAAGGCAAAGAGUUUCGAAUCACUACAACGUGAUGUCUGUGGUAAACAAGUCCAUGAUCCAGGAGUAAUUGGAGAUAGUACCGGGUCUACUAUGGUAAAGGCGCACUCAAAUCGAAGCAGUUACAAAGCGGACUUCACUCCUCGCUCCCUGUCCUGUCUCGCAGGAGAACUGAUUGAAUCCAUAAAGAAGAAUCACGUGGAGACACCUCAUUUCCAGUUUGAGAAGUGUGAUAAGGGUCAUCACUUUUACCACGCUAAAUCGUCCAGUGGUUAG